AGAAUGGAGCAGUUUGUAAAGGGAGAAAAAGGCCGACUUUCCUCUCCUCCACAACAUCUUCACUACAUGCUGUUAUUAAUCACAGCACUUUUUCUUUUCGUACUUGAUCAUUACAUUAAACUUGACGGAGUGCGAUUAAAAUAAUUCCGUUUCCAACUCGUCAAAGAGUCGGUUCAAAGUGUCGAUUCAAAGACUCGAUUCAGUUUUCCGAAAGUGAAAGUGUUUCUCAGCCUCGACUCCAUUUUGAGGAGAAAAACACAAAGAUCUCCAACAGCAGCCAGAAGCGUUGAGAUUCAUGUCCAACAACAAGCAGUGGUGAAGAAAAGUGGGAAUGUGAUUGAUUCCAGCAGAAGAGAUCGACGUCUUCAGGACUCUGCGUGUACACUAGCAGUGAAAAAUGGAGAUCCUUGAUCAGGGCACAGAUCAUGUGACCUCACCCUCAAAAGACUGUAAACUACAGAGAGAGAAAUCACACUCACCAGUGCCCAGCUGUGUCUCCAUGAAGAGUGAUGCAUCUAUGCAUCAUCCUCUGGGAUUUAGCACUGGAAUCUCCUCACCUGGACACAGUGAACUACAGAGAGAGAAAUCACACUCACCAGUGCCCAGCUGUGUCUCCAUGAAGAGUGAUGCGUCUAUGCAUCAUCCUUUGGGAUUUAGCACUGGAAUCUCCUCACCUGGACACAGUAAACUACAGAGAGAGAAAUCACACUCACCAGUGCCCAGCUGUGUCUCCAUGAAGAGUGAUGCGUCUAUGCAUCAUCCUUUGGGAUUUAGCACUGGAAUCUCCUCACCUGGACACAGAAUAAAUGUGAGAAAGACACACACACACAAUGUCUGUGGACGUUCAGCUUUCUCUGUCUCUGACCCUCCAGCCACACACCAUGUUCUACAGAAGGCAGGAGACAGAAGAGAGAAGUUCAUCACAGCUACAGGACACGACACAGAAUCCACUGCUGCAGAUGAAUUUCAGAAGUUGUUCAAGUUCAAUCUGAUGAAGAAGUUUCAGUGUUUGUAUGGAUUGAUGCUAAAGCAGGAAAACCGAACACUCCUGAAUGAGAUCUACACAGAGCUCUACAUCACAGAGGAGACAGUGGAGACGUCAAUAAAGAACAUGAGGUGAAACAGAUCGAGGCAGCAUCCAGGAGGAACCCAACUGAGGACACACCAAUUAAAUGCAGUGACAUCUUUAAACCCCUACCUGAACAAGACAAAACCAUCAGGAGAGUUCUGA